ACCCUUCGCGGCAUCAGCUUCCUGGUCUUUUGAGGAGUUGAUGUUGACGCUCGAAGACUUGAUCAAUUUAUCGGAACCUGACUAACACGCUGAACCGCAUCGCAAAAUUCCCAAGCGUCAAGAGUUGUGCAUCGAGUAGGCCGUGGGCCGUCUUCAUGGAUGCUUUCAGGUCUACAUCGGGCCUACUAUCUGAAACUUGAGGACCUUACUCGGGGAGAUAUCCGCUGCUACGUUUCGGACAAGCUGCAGGAACACGACCAGCUCACGCUGCUCAUGAACCAUGAUCCCGGCUACGAGAAUCUUAUCGAAGAAAUAGCCAUGCGAGCGCAAGGUGUGUUCCUUGGCGUCUACUUCGUCAUGAACAACCUUCUGGAUGGGCUCACCUAUGACGACUCCGUGGAAACAAUGCUGCGGCAGCUCGACCAAUCCCCCGAGUACCUCCAAAGACUUCUUUCUCCACAUGAUUGAGUGUAUUCCGCCGUUGUAUCGACGCCAGGCUGCGCGGACAUCUCUUAUCGCCAUGGAGGCGCCUCGCCCUCUGUUCUUGAUUCUU